UGAGUCCUGACCCUUUGCGCUCUCAUUUGACCUAUCCAGUAUCCAUCCUUUGGUUUAUCAGCCGACAUAUGCAUUCACAUGUUUAAUUACGUGUACAUACAAAAUAUGUGAUGAAUCUCACAUGCCUGCUGAAAGCUGUUGGAUACUUUUUGGUUUCUGAUAAACUCUGUCAGAAAGGCAAAAUUGGCUAAAAGAUUUGCAAAAUCUCCCAGCAAAAGAACCCCAAUGGCCAUUUGUUUCCCCCUUCACCGACGCUUCUGUUUCUCUACGUGAACUGUGUGUUCACCUCUUUAUGCAACAAAUCUCUGAUUUCUUGCUCUUAUCGUUUUUGGGACUUUGUAUUUCGCCCCUGGGUACUGUCAGUCCCAUCAAACGACAGAUUAGAGGGGAGUAGGUGAAGAAACCUAUUCCAGAGAGAGAUACAGAUAUAUAUAUAUAGAGAGAGAGGGUUCUGUUUUUCGACCUCUGUUGGGAGUGUUAUUGAUGGUCCCAGCCUCAUUUUUCCUGUACAUGAAGAUUCUUGAUCUGGGCUUAUGUAAAAAUGUCGACUUUACAGCAGUCCCUUGAUGUUGAUUUAGAAUCAGCUAAUUGUGGUAAGGAUGGUCGUGGCGGCGGCGGCGACGGCGGCAGCGGUAACUCCCAAGUCCCCGCCGUCAGGGAAGGUGGUGGACCACGCUCCUCUGAGGCAAAUGAGAUUGUUAGAGUCUUGGAAAAUAAUGGUAAUAAUAAGGAUAAGGAUGAGAGGAGGGAAUCCAAUGUUUCAGAGCGUUCAGUGGAGAUAGUGGAUCUGGAAUCUGGACUUGAUGAGACGAAGCUGCAUUUGGACAGAACUGAGAGGGAUUGUAGGAUUUGCCAGCUGAGCAUGGACGCAACCAAUCAAGAUUAUGGGCUCCCCAUUGAACUAGGUUGUUCCUGCAAAGAUGAUUUGGCUGCUGCCCACAAACAAUGUGCAGAGGCUUGGUUCAAGAUUAAAGGAAACAAAAUCUGCGAGAUCUGUGGAUCAAUAGCCCAGAAUGUCGUCGGUAUAAAUGAAGCUGAGCUUAUAGAACACUGGAACGAAACAAACGAUGCGCCCCCUGUAGUCAUGGCUUCUGCACCUGUUUCACAGCCUCGAAACUUCUGGCAAGGUCACCGUUUUCUAAACUUCUUGUUAGCUUGUAUGGUGUUUGCGUUUGUCAUCUCGUGGCUUUUUCACUUCAACGUGCCCUCAUGAGAUCAAUUGUCAAAGGACCUUAAAAGGUAAAAGUGGAGAUACCCGUCGGUCAAGACAUCUUUUUCAAUUUAUAAAGGCUUGUUCGGUACUAAGUUGUGUAUAUUAGUGAUAGUGUUGCAGAAGGUUUGGAUUUGCUAUUGUUUUUUUUGUACUAUUGUUUGUCUAAUUAAAGUGGAAAUAUGUUGUUUUAUGCUUUAUUUCUCUAACUUUAUGUUGUCUUAGUGUUCAAGUGUGAGUAAACGUUGUGAGCUUUCGUUUAUUCAAAAUGCCUUGAGCUCA